GGGCGCGCUUGUUUUUUUUGUUUUUGUUACAGCAGUAGAAGAAGAGCGGUGUACUUCUGGUUCGUCUCUGACAUUUGGGACAUUUGUCUUUAAAAACAACCCAAAAGCACGUGGAUUCUGUUACGGACGACCAUCUGCGCAUCUCAGAAACUCCAAGCGAAGACUCUGACCUUCAGCCCUGACCAUGUUUGGCUGUGAGGAGUGUGGUAAGACCUUCGCCAGGCCCAACACUCUGAAGGCGCAUCAGUACACCCACAGCGGCGAGAGCCCCUUCACCUGCCAAGAGUGCGGGAAAAACUUCACGCGCGCCGCCAACCUCAAAGUCCACCUCCGCGUCCACACGGGGGAGAAACCCUUCAGCUGCGACCAGUGCGGCUCGCGGUUCUCCAUCUCCAGCUCGCUCAAGAUCCACCAGCGAAUCCACACCAACGAGAAACCGUACGGGUGUCCUCUGUGCCGGAAAGCCUUCUCCUACUCCAGCGGUCUGACCAUCCACCUCCGCACGCACCACGAAACCGACCCCCGCCCGUUUAUCUGCGACUUCUGCUCCAAAGGCUUUGUCCGAUCCACAGACCUGAAGAUCCACAUUCGGCUUCACACCGGAGAGAAGCCCUACACCUGCGACCAGUGUGGGAAGGAGUUUGUGAGAGUGAGCGACUUCAGACGGCACGAGCAGACGCACCAGGCGCAGAAACCGUACCCGUGUGACCAGUGUGAAAAGGUUUUCAGUUACAUGUCGACUCUGCGUAACCACCAGCGCUUGGUCCACCCGGGCUCUCUGUCCUGCGACCAGUGCGAGAGGACUUUCAGCUCGGCGGCCCGGCUAAAGGAACACUGCGAGGGCCACGCCAACCACUCGUUCUCCUGCGGCGUGUGCGCGGAGAAGUUCAACGACAGGGACCUGUAUCACGAGCACCUGAAGAACCACGAGAUCCAGCCCGUGGUGGUCUGACGGGAGAGGAUCUGAGGACGAGAGGGAUUACGAAAGAGUUUAAAAGCUGCAUUUCGUAACUUUACUGUCGGACGGCGGCUACCUGCUCGUCGUCAUGGUGAUGUUAUUGGGUUGUCGGGUUUCAGACGGCGUCACGACCUCCUUCUGCUGGUGUUGGUUUACAGAUUUGCAGAUAGAAUGUGAUGAUAAAGUGAGUUUACAUGUGCUCGAGAAUCCCGGUUAUGAGUCCAGGGUUCCCACGGUCAUGGAAAUCCUGGAAAAGUCAUGGAAUUUUAGUAUUCUGUUAAAUUAUCAUUAGGCUAUUAAGAU